AUGAGCUCAAUUUCAACCUUGGCGUUUCCGCUUCUAGUCGGAGCCAGUGUCGGAGCCCCCUUUUCUCGUUCAUCUUCUCUUCGCACACAACAUUCUACGUCAAUGUCGGUGGCAGCUUCUUCUUCUUCUUCUCAGGAUGUUGCUGCAAGUCAAUUAGUCACCUUUCUCGGUAAAGGUGGCUCUGGCAAAACCACCGCAGCUAUCUUCGCCGCUCAGCAUUAUGCAAUGGCUGGAUUCAAGACAUGUUUAGUGAUACAUAGCCAAGACGUCACUGCAGACUAUCUCCUCAACUCUAAAAUUGGAACUUCCCAUGUCCUUUGCACCAACAACCUUUCAGCUGUUAGGUUGGAAACAACCAAAAUGCUUCUUGAACCUCUUAAACUUCUCCAGCAAGCAGAUGCCCAGCUUAAUAUGACACAAGGAACACUUGGAGGGAUUGUUGGAGAAGAGUUUGGCAUUAUGCCCGGAAUGGACUCCAUCUUUUUAGUACUUGCACUUGAGAGACUUGUAGGAUUUUUGGGGAUGGCGCCUUCAAAGAGUCAACACGAUAAAUUUGACAUAGUAAUAUAUGAUGGUGUCAGCAGCGAGGAAACCUUGAGAAUCAUGGGUGGAUGCAGUAAAGCAAGAUUGUACUUGAAAUAUAUCCGCACAUUGGCUGAGAAAACUGACCUUGGGAGAUUGGCUGCUCCUUCACUCCUCAGACUUGUGGAUGAGGCCAUGAGAAUAAGUAGCAGCAGAUCUUAUUUAAACGGGAGGAUGAGUUCAGAAACAUGGGACAAUUUGGAUCAACUUCUCGAGAAAGGAUCUUCCGCCUUCUCAAACCCACAGAGAUUUGGUUGCUUCCUUGUGAUGGAUCCUAACAACCCAACCUCGGUCAAUUCUGCAUUACGUUAUUGGGGGUGUACAAUUCAGGCUGGUGCUCAAGUUUCAGGUGCUUUUGGACUCUCCUCACACCAACCAAAACUAGAAUCAUACGAAAGAGCAAAGAAAGAUCUUUCUCCUUUGCCUUCUGCUUUUAUAUCAAGUCCAUUAAUGGUUAGCCCAAUAGACUGGAACGGAGUUUUACUGGACACUGCGAAUCAAGAUGCUAGGCAUCUUCUUACCUCACUAUCGAGCCAAUCCAGUAAUAUGACAUCAUCAGUUAAGUUUGAUGUCAAAAGAAAAUCGGUUACUCUCUUCAUGCCAGGUUUUGACAAAUCAGAGAUUAAGCUAUACCAAUAUAGGGGAGGAUCUGAGCUUUUGGUAGAAGCCGGAGAUCAACGACGUGUCAUCGCCUUAUCCCCAGAAAUUCAAGGAAAGGUUGGCGGAGCCAAAUUCCAGGACAGAAGUCUUGUUAUUACAUUGCUAUAA